AUGGGUGGUUCUGAUGGCUUAUUUGCUCAGAAAACUUUAGAGAUUUCUGAUGAGAUUCUUGCCACCUACAAAAAUCAAGGUGGCUAUGAUUUGCUGGGACGAACCAAAGAUCAAAUUAGAACAAUUGAACAAGUGAAUGCUGCCUUUAAUGCAUGCACUGCUUUGAAGCUCAAUGCUCUCGUCAUUAUUGGGGGUAUUCCUGUUGUUGUCCUUAAGACUGUAGAGGUCGAGAUUUUGGCCUUCCCCUGCAAUCAGUUUCUGUACCAAGAACCCGGACCCAGCGAGAAAGCUGAAGAAUUUGCCUGCACCAGAUUCAAGGCUGAGUAUCCCAUCUUUCAAAAGGUAAAAGUGAACGGACCUGAUGCAGCACCUGUUUAUAAGUUCCUUAAAGCGCAAAAGGGUGGUGUUUUGGGGUCAAGAAUCAAGUGGAACUUCACCAAGUUUCUAGUUGACAAAGAGGGACGUGUAGUCAAACGAUACGGGCCAACUACAUCACCAUUUGCAAUUGAGGCGGACAUUAAGAAAGCCGUGGGGGAAAUUUGAAAGGUUCCGAGGGAGGAUUGAUCUGUGAUUCGUGACUGCAGAAAACCAUAAUAAAAAUUGGUGGAGGAACAAAAGAAAUUUGAUGCUGUAAUUGCACUAGAGGUAAUCGAGCAUGUGUCUAAUCCAGCUGAGUUUUGCAAAUCCUUGUCAGCAUUGACCAGCAGUGGUGGAGCUGUUUUAAUCUCAACAAUUAAUCGCUCCAUGAAAGCAUAUGUGGCUGCCAUUGUCAUUGCAGAAUAUGUCUUAAAUUGGCUCCCAAAAGGAACACAUGAGACCGCUUUCUCACACCUGAGGAACUAGUCCUUAUUCUUCAGCGUGCUUCUAUUUCUGUCCAAGAGAUGGCUGGCUUUGUCUACGAUCCCCUGAAAGGACAGUGGUUUCUUUCUGAUGAUAUUAGCGUGAACUUCAUCCUUUAUGGAAAAAAAAACACGGAAUCGAUCAACUGAAAUUCAUUUACAUCACGUCGAAGGCCGGUGGUGAUCGGAGAUGGUAUUCGAGUUGGCCGGAACAUAGUGGCUGGUGGUGGUGGUAGCUGCACUGAGGAGACCAACUGAUGAGGUAAAUGUUGUUGUAGAACAGCUCACUCAGCAGGACAAUACGUCAUAUAAUCCAGAUGAUGUGUUUCUUACCGUAGUACCACGAGAUAAAAAGAAUCGCAUUUAUGGAUUAGGAUCAUUAGCUGAGACUGUCUCUUAUCGACCAUCAUCCUCGAUCUGUGAUGGUUGUACUCCGGGCACAUCCAUCCUUGAGACACGAUUGACAAAAAUGGAGUGCGAGCUAGGUGAGGUGAGGAAAGAGCUUAAGGAGGGAUGUGGUCAGUGGGAACUUAUGCAACAACGUGUUACAAAUAUAGAGAAUCAGCAACGAGCCAUAUACGAUCUUAAUUUGACCAUCAUGGAGCAACUACGACGUAAGGGAGUACCACCCAUUCACAGGCGCGAUCCAGAUUCAGAUGGUGGUAGUGCUCCUGUAUCGUGAUGUAUCGUGAUGUUUUAUCUUUACAGAUUUGUUAGUUACGACAUUAUAUUUUUUUAUAUGAUAUUUGCUAACUUUUACAUUUGAUUGAUAUUGGUAAUGACAAUGCUAAUACAAAUUUUUUUUUUGUA